AUGGGCCUCCAACGGUCCAAUGUGACAAUAAUCCACCCGGAUCUGGGUAUCGGAGGUGCCGAGCGGCUAAUAAUCGACGUCGCCCUAGCCCUUCAGAACCGAGGCCACAGCGUAACGAUCUACACCUCCCACCGCGAUAAGGCGCACUGCUUCGACGAGGCGCGCGAUGGCACGCUGGACGUCCGCGUGCGCGGAAACACCCUCUUCCCCGCCCAUGUCUGCGGCCGACUUCACAUCCUCAUGGCUGCGCUGCGCCAGCUACAUCUUACCGUGUCUCUACUAGGUGAGCUUGGGACAAGGGGGACAGCUACUACAACCGCCGAGGAGGACCGAGACGAUAUCUUCAUUGUGGACCAGUUGCCGGCCUGCGUGCCAUUUUUGAAGUCGUUCGCCCGCCCGCGCCAUUCCCGACAGCAGCGCAUUCUGUUCUAUUGUCAUUUCCCGGAUCAAUUGCUCGCCCGCCGAGAUGAGGGGCGCGCGUCGGAUCGGGUUGUUGCGAACUCUAAGUUCUCCCGCGGGGUUGUGCGAGAUGUCUUUGGCUCAGACCGGUUGGGUGAUGUGGAGGUGGUCUAUCCGUGUGUCGAUAUGGAUUCCGGGGUAUCGGUGCCUGAGAAAGUGGAUGAGGACCCCCUCUGGGGUGGGAAGAAGAUCCUGCUCAGCAUCAAUCGCUUCGAGCGUAAGAAGGAUAUGGCGUUGGCGAUUCGCGCUUAUAAUGGACUAGGAGCGGAGAAGAGGAAAGGGACGCGGCUGGUGAUUGCUGGCGGUUACGACAAUCGUGUCCACGAGAAUGUUCACUACCACCAAGAGCUGGAUGAGCUCGCGACCAGUCUCGGGUUGAAAACCGCAACCUCCAAGACAGUCGUAUCUGCACUUUCAAUCCCCGACGACAUUGAUGUCCUCUUCCUUCUUUCUGUUCCAACCGCAUUCAAAAAUACCCUUUUGGCGCAAUCGAAGCUCCUUCUCUACACACCGAUCAACGAACACUUUGGUAUUGUGCCCGUUGAAGCAAUGCGCGUUGGUCUCCCGGUACUAGCAUCUAAUACUGGUGGUCCACUGGAGACGAUUGUCGAGGGCGAAACGGGCUGGCUCCGGGACGCUCACGCAGAUGAAGAGUGGACUGCUGUAAUGGACAAGGUACUAUACGGAUUGAGUCAGGAGGAUCUUCAACGCAUGGCUCUUGCUGGCAAGAACAGGGCGCAGCAGGAAUUCUCGCUCACUGCUAUGGGCGAUAGGCUAGAAGAGGAGAUCUCUACCAUGCUUAAAGGUGGAAGAAGGCCAUUCAAUGGGUGGCAGCAGGUCUUUGUCAUUCUCAGUCUGGUUGGGGCUGUUCUUGCAGUGAUGGCUGCAGUUUUACUUCGAGCGCUAUAA